AACGACACCCGCGACCGCAACAUCAUCAUGGUGGUGCUCGAUCCAGUAACGCUGACGGCGAUUGCCCUCGUACUCGCCCUGGGCUACUAUUACGUACGCCGUAAGCAUGCGUACUUCGACGACAAACCGUAUCCGCACCUGAAGCCCACGUUUCUGUUGGGCAGUUCGGGUCCGAUGAUCUUCCGUACGGCCGAUAUGAUGCAGCAAAUUCAGACGAUGUACAACUGCUUUCCGGGUUCCAAAGUGGUUGGUUCGUUCGACUUGCUGACGCCGAACAUUACGGUCCGUGAUCCGGAAUGUCUGAAGCAGAUGCUGGUUAAGGACUUUGAUCACUUCUCCGACCAUACCCCGUUCCUGAAGGAUGACAAGGAUUAUACGAACAGCGAGAACCUCUUCCUUAAUUCGCUGUUCAUGCUGCGCGGUCAGAAGUGGCGCGAUAUGCGCGCCACCCUUAGCCCGGCCUUUACCGGCAGCAAAAUGAGGCAAAUGUUUGAGCUCGUAUCGGAGUGUGGUCAGGGUAUGGUGGAGCACUUUCUGCGGGAAACGCGCGUCGAAGGUGCGAAGGGUGAGUACGAGAUGAAGGACGUCUUUUCGCGCUUCGCCAACGAUGUCAUCGCGACGGUUGCGUUCGGUAUUCGCGUCAACUCGCUGACCGAUCGGGAGAACCCGUUCUACGUCAGCGGCAAGAAGCUGCUGGACUUUAGCAGCUUGGCUGGGAGUCUCAAGUUUAUGUUCUUUAUGAUCGCGCCAAAGCUGGCGACCAAGCUCGGUGUCGAGAUGCUGGAUGUUAAGCUGAGCCGCUACUUCCACGAGAUGAUCCUGGAUAAUAUGCGGACACGGACGGAGAAGGGUAUCGUGCGGAAUGAUAUGAUCAACAUACUGAUGCAGGUGAAGAAGGGCAGUUUGAAGCAUCAGACGGGCGAGGAGGAGGACACGGUCCAGACAAAGGAUGCCGGUUUUGCGACGGUGCAGGAAUCGAGCGUUGGUAAGAGUGUGAUAACGCGCGAAUGGAGCGACCGGGAGUUGGUGGCUCAGUGUUUCCUGUUCUUCCUUGCCGGUUUCGAUACCGUCUCCACGGCUCUUGGCUUUAUGAUGUAUGAGCUGACAGUGAAUCCGGAGGUACAGGAGCGCCUCUAUCAGGAGGUGGUUGAAGUGGACGAACAGCUGGCCGGUAAACCGCUGACUUACGAUGCCGUCCAGGGUAUGCGGUACAUGGAUAUGGUGGUAUCGGAAUCGCUUCGCAAAUGGCCACCGGCACCGAUUGUUGAGCGGUACUGUACCCGUGACUACAAGUUCGACGAUGGCAAGGGUUUGCGCUUUACGGUGGAGCAAGGACGGACCGUCUUCGUACCGGUGGCUGGCCUACACCAUGACCCCCAGUACUAUCCCAAUCCGGGCACGUUCGAUCCGGAACGGUUCAGCGAAGAGAACAAGGACAAAAUCAAUCCAACUACCUAUUUACCGUUCGGGAUUGGACCGCGGAACUGCAUCGGAUCACGGUUUGCGCUGAUGGAGGUCAAAUCGAUCAUCUACUACAUGCUGAAGAGCUUCACGUUCGAGCGCUGCGAACGCACGCAGGUACCGCUGAAGCUGAAGAGCAAUCCAGCGGCCAUUAUCACCGAGAAGGGCGUCUGGAUUCGGUUUAAUCCGAGGGUCAAGUAAGGAACUGGUUGGCGAGUUAUACUAUGUACCGAAAAAGUUGAAAUAAAACAAUGAAAUCACAAACA